GGCAGACCGAGUGGCGUCCUUUUGCGAAUCUGCCGUCUCGCGUAAAUUCUUUUUGUUUUCAUUUACGAUCCGGUAGUGUGUAGAAAGUUAACAAUUUUUUUGGCGAAAUCGUGAAAAAAUUGUGAUAUUUAGAAAAUGUGAUUUAUGAUUGAGUUUUAGUGACAGUUAUGUUUUUAUAUAGUCGAAGCUGUAAUAAGACAAAUCCUCUAAAAAAAGAUGAACCAUAAAACUGGACCAGAUUGGACCAAUGACAUAUAGUGCGCGAAGCAGUUCGGAAAAUGAGCCGAGACGAAAUGCAGUUAAGAGAUAGAUUGCUCAUGCUCUCGGAUCCACAUAAGCCUUUUAAUGUUAAAAGAAAGCCCACUCUCACUAAACAAUCUUCAAAAUCAGGUCCUAAACUUAGCGUACAAGAUUUUGUUCGAAUGGAUCCAGGAUAUACUCCAGAUAUUGAGCAUCUCGUAUUUCCGAUGAGAAAAAGAAACCCUCAACAAGUAGCCCCGAUCAAUCCUCCUCAAUCAAAAACUAGGUCCCGAUUGGCUGAAAUGUUUGCUCUUAGCAGACAUUUGCAGCAGAAGUCAUCCAUUGAUAAGGAUUCCAAAAGGAGUUCAGUAGUAAGUAGAAGUGUCGACAGUGUUCUCGAUUCUACCUCGCCUUUGCGAAACUCUAGAGCUGUCACAUCGGAAACAGCACGUCGAUGGGUGUCAAGUGUUGAAGAAGCUGUCUUUCAGGUUCAAAGGGAUACCAAUAGAACACAAACAUCCUCUCAUCCUCCUAGUAGGCAGAGCUCUACAAAAGUCAGUCCCGCUGCUGAAACUGACAGAGGACCGAAUAUUUCUAUACUGCAUGUUCGAAAUACAACAGAUCCUUGGGAAACCAAAACAACAACCAACCUCACCUAUUCUUCUAACUCUAACCACGCUGCUAAAAAUUAUUUUUCGAGAGGGGCGGCAUCUAGUUUACCUCCUCUCACGAAACAUCAGUCUCUCAGUGGUCCAACAGGAGCCUAUAAAUGGCAGAAUUCGCCCAGUUUCCAUACAACGGCAGAAGUUGACUCUCCAGAACUUUUUAUGGGAAACGCCAAGAGAGAAUUAUCACCGGUUCGAUGGCAUGAUAGAGAAGUAGAUGGCGUUUACCUUAAUAAGUCUGGUUGGGUACAAGUUGAGCAACGUUCAUUAGAUGAAAAUCGACGUUUCAGUCCUGCGGAAGCGUCCAAUUUACUACCUAAAAAGCCAGCCGGUAAACUGGCUGAUUACCAUUUCAACAGUGAACCUGCUAAUGAAAGACCUUCUGUACUGAGUUUCCAAUCAAGUGACUACAAUCGAAAAAGUGCCUCGCCUUCACCACCUCCAGAAUCACCGUCAGUUACACCAAUCAUUUCUCCACCUCCCGCGUUUCAAGAUAAAGUUGAGAAAGGUUCUCUUAUAAAGAGGAGUAGAACAUUCUUUGGAAAAGCUCCUUUUUUACCUCGUUCUAACGCCAUAGAAGAUAGCGACGGAAGUCCACCCUCGACACCACAGUGGAAAACAACAGGCAAAAUUCCACCUUCUCCUCUAUGGAAUCCAAGUGGUAAACCUAUUCCAUCUCCCCAGUGGAAACUAGAUAAAAUGGGGAAAUCGACUCCAUUACUACGUAGUGCACGAGAGAAAUCUCCAUCUUCUCCAAGGUGGAAAUCGACUGAUAAUGGACCACCUUCACCACUUUGGAACGCAAGAAAAUCACCACCGUCUCCUCUAUGGAAUUCUAGAUCAACAUCACCUCCUUCACCUCUUUGGAAUCAAACAAGAAAAUCUCCACCUUCGCCUCUAUGGAAUACCAGUGGAAAAUCACCACCAAAUCCACAAUGGAGAAUCAGUCCACAAUCUACAAGUUCAUUGAAAACUACGCCUGUUGUGAAAUCUGUGUCACCCAUUAUUGAAAAACCACAAAGAAAUCUAAACAGGAUGCCGCAGACUAAAUCUUUAGAGGAUACAACAACUGGUAGGAGGUCUCAAUUUCUGCAGCAUUACAAGGGAUCUUCCUCUUCUUCGUCCUCUUCCAUGGGUUUUCGUAGCUUAGACAGUAGCUUCAACAGACCUGGUAACAUAAUGCCUCGCCUUUCAGAAAAUACUGAUUCUUCUGUGGAUCAUUACCAAGACGCUGACGAGGAGGACAAUAACAGCUCUUCUAUAAAUAUUAGCAUGUUACCUAUAGCCAGAUCAAAUACUAACCGCGAACGCGAUAAACCCCCAUUGUUACGAGAAAAAACAAUCUCACAACAAUCUCGAGAAAAAACUAAUACAACACAAGUACGCGCCGAUAGAAUAUCUCCGUCUGGUAGAACUAAUCGCGUACACCAUCGAUCACAAUUAAGGAGAUCUCCUGCCGGUUCGGAUAGUAAUAAAACGGUCGAUAGUUCAUCUAGUAGUAGUGACGAGUUUGUUUCGAAAUCUCCUCCGGGGCCGCCGAUACCGCAAGCUGCUAGGAGGAAUAUUUCUGCAAGAUCUGUAUAUCAACCAACCAGAGUACCAACAAAAGAAGAUGCUACCAGUAAAGUUAGAAGGUGA